CAGUGCGGGGCACGGUGCCUGCGAUCAGACAGUGCGCGCGAGACAUGUGCUAGAAGAGUGGCCCUUGCAGCAGCGGCCACAAAUACGCAGAGACGCAGAGACACGUGCACGGCCUCAAGAUUGAUCCGCACGAGUGCGACGCCAAGCCCGGCGACGGGCCGGCGGCCCUCAACUCGGCCGACUCGGACUCGGAGUGCAGCAACGGCGCCGCGAGCACCAGUGGGCCCGCCAGCGGCGCCGCGCCGUCCGUCGACGAACACUCCAGUUCCAACUUCAUGUCGCCGUACACCCAGUUUGGCUACCCUUCCUACCCUUCCGCCUCGCAGCUGUUGGUGGCGGGUCAGCCGACGACGGGCGGCGGUGCGGGGACCCCUGGCUCAGUGGGGUCUCACGGUGGCGCCUCCGGGGGCUCGACGUGCUGCGAGAACGGGCGACCCAUCGUGACGGACCCUGUGUCCGGGCAGAGCGUUUGUUCUUGCCAGUACGACUCGGCCCGCCUGGCGCUUUCCUCCUAUCCGCGCCUCUCAACCUACGGCGCACCCUACCCUUCCACCGAGCAAAACCCCUACCCCAGCAUCGACAGCUCGGCCUUCUAUUCACCCCUGAGCAACCCUUACGGCCUCAAAGACAGCUCGUCGUCUGCAGACGUGGCCUGGACGAGCGCCGGUCUGCAGCCCACGACGGGCUAUUACCCAUAUGACCCCACCCUCGCAGCCUACGGAACUGUUGGAUGGGGGGACUGUAGAAUGUGCUUGAAUACAUGCAUUCAGGAAGAUAUUAUGCAUAAUGGAGACCCAAAUAAUAUCAACAUAUUAAGGUAUGGUGCAGGUUACGACCUGGCGGCGCGGCGGAAGAACGCGACCCGCGAAAGCACGGCCACCCUGAAGGCGUGGCUCAACGAGCACAAGAAGAACCCCUACCCGACCAAGGGCGAGAAGAUCAUGCUGGCCAUCAUCACCAAGAUGACCCUGACUCAGGUUUCCACGUGGUUCGCGAACGCGCGGCGCCGCCUAAAAAAGGAGAACAAGAUGACCUGGGAGCCGAAGAACAAGACAGACGAUGACGACGAUGCCAUGAUCUCCGACGGUGACCUGGAGGACUGCAAGGAUACCUCAGACAUGUCCAGACCCAUGGACCACAAGAUGGACGACAAAGGCGGACUUAUGAUGGGUCACCACCACCACCACCACGUCAAACCGGAAAUUAUGCACCACCGCAUGGGCAUGCUGGACGACGAGGAUGAGCUGGACGAGCUUGGCAGUAAACCGCUGAUGUUGAAAGACGAGGUGAAGAGCGACUGCGGCGUGCCCAUUCCAGCGACCAAACCCAAAAUCUGGUCUCUGGCCGACACGGCCGCGUGCAAAACUCCGCCACCCGCAUCUCAGAUGUCCGCUCAGCCCUGGCUGCCCGCGUCGUCCAACAACUUCGCCCUGCCGGCGGCCAUCAGUCCGUCGGCGGCCGCGGCCGCCCCCUACUCUCGCUACGGCGGUCUGCUUUCGGGGGGCUACUCGGCCGCCCCCGGGGGCGGCCACCCUGCGGCGUGCUCAGUGGGCGCGUCGGGGUUUCCCGAGGUUCAGACGGACACGCCGCCGCAAACGCCGCCCAACAUGAAGCUGCCCAGCGUGGCUGGCCAGCUGAUCAGUGGCCCAUGUUUCGGCGGCCAGCAGCAGCAGCAGCCGCCGCAGGGGGGCCACCCUCUCCACCAUCACCACCACCACCACCACCACCACCACGUGCAGCAGCAGCAGGCUCAGCCGCAGCAGCAGUACCCCCAGCAGCAGGGCUACGGGGCCUACACUGGCCGCAUGACUUCGCCCCACGCUAAGGACAGGACCAAGGACGCGGUGCCCUCGCAGUACCACGCCGCCCAGCAUCACGCCAUGAUGAACGGCGGCUCCUCCAACGUGCAGGGCGCCGCCACCGAGGGCUCAACAGCCUUCAAGCCCUUCUACAAAAGUUCGCAUCCGCUGGGCGGGUUCGUGUCUCCCGUGUAGCAGCUCGACGGGCGCGAGAGACUCCAGCUCAACACGGCAAAUCGUCCUCCGCGGCGUCUCCAAGCCGAGCAGAUGAUGGCGAGGCGCGGAGGAUUGUUUUUGUUACACGGGGUGUGAACGCAGCGGACUCGUUUUUGCUACAAAUCUUUGCAUAAAAUGAAACAGGACGUGCGAUCGAGAGUUUAUCUUGUUUUCUGGUGCGGUACGUGUAUAGUCCAAGACUGACAACGUGAAUUAUUA